UUAGUGGUGACAGAUCGAUAAAUUAAAUAUUCAAUAAAACGUCAGAAAUUUGAAGAAACAAAAAAAUGUACGAAAAGCCAUUAAUGAGAGGUCUACAUAUACGAUAUGUGAAAAAACAAUUAUUAAUAGGGGCAGGAGUGGUACUUUUAACUGGUGCAUUAUGCGUUGAAUACUUUAUAAAACCAAGACAAAGAAUUUAUAUUGAUUACUACAAGGAUUUCGAUCCGGAAGUUAGUCUCAAUUAUAUGAAUUCCAAAGGAUGGAUGCGAUCAUGUCCACAAGAUGAUGACUAAUAAUAUUUUACUGUAAUUAUACGUAAAUAAUUUCUUUUACCAAAACUAAAAGAAAAAACAAAUUUUUUUGGGAUAUUUUCCUUCAAAAAUGA